CGCGCGUAGUGCCCGUUGGCUGAUUCGCUUCGUUGCGUCAGAUCGGUAGGUCGGCUGCCUUCCACAGGCAAAGCGAUUCAUUCACACACAUCUUAAUGCUGUGUGUGUUUGGCGUCCUUCCUUUGUGUGUGUGCAGGUCUGAGUCACUGCAGCUUCCGUGUCAUGUCAGUCAUCAGCAGGAGGAGCAGCGACACGGACUCGCCCGUCGUCAACGGCGAGGCGGUCCGCUGCAUGUUCAGCGACUCGCGAGUGCGGCUGCUCAAGGUCAAGGACGUCGGCAGCCUCAGAAUGGCGGCCCGCCACCACAGCCUCGUCGACUUCCCUCCCGAUGCACUCCACACACGACUCACCCAAUCGCUGCACAGCAAACGGCUCGUCGACGGCACGCUGCUCAACACCGUGCUGGCCUUCGACGCCCAGACGGUGUCUGAGCCACGUGUGCUGCUGGCGGCCAUGUGGCUGGUGGAGAAGCAGACGUGGGACGAGGUGGCCGACGUACUACGGCUGGCGGAGCAGUGCGGCCGGUGCACUCUGCCGGUGCGGCUGACUGCUGACGACAUCAACAGACACGCCAACAAGACGGUGAGACGCACACACAGGGGCGGGAGGGCACAGAGAGGGCCUCGUUCAUUCUCCUCUCUCUCUCUGUGUCUGUGUGCGUGGUCGUGUAGGCGUAUUUGGCCGCUCCCCAUGUGUUGGCUCAGCUCAAGAUGGUCGGCCCCCACAUCCACUUCGGCAACGGCGUGCCCUUCCAGCUGUUCCACCACGGCACCACGCUGUGGGCCAUCAAGGACGAGGACGGCUUCGAGAUCGACAUCGACCCGCCUCUCCCUCCCAACCACCCCUACCAGCUGCACCGACAGCCCGAUGACCCGCCAGUCCGCAGCUGCAUCACAUAUUGGCCGUCUACGGGCUGGGUGUCGCUGGGUGCUCGGGAUUACUCGUCUGUGUCGUCGUGUGUCAAGAGCACCAUCCUCAGCCACUUCGAGGGCACUCACCAGUACAACAGCACUCAACGUGCUAUCAACAGGUGAGGCCGGGCAUCACUCUGUGUGGGCAUUGUCACGACACACGAGUGUACGUGUGUCUUCAUUGGUCAGGCAUGUCGACAACAACCGGCUGCACACCAUCGUGACACAGCCCCACACACACCAGUGGAGGGAUGCACCACCACUCCAUCAUUCCGCUCCCCUGACGGCGACACUUACGGUGGUCUCGUUCUGACCGACGCCCGCCACUCCUUCGUCGCGUGGAUCGACAUCAGGGAGCUCCGCUACAACAACCACGGUCAGUCCAGACGAUACAACAAAAGAGGGAGGGAGGGUAAAAAGCACACACACACACAGCACUCACUCUCGUUUGCUGUGCUCCCCUGUCACUCUUUGCAGUGCCUGUAUAGGUCCACACCACCGAGUCGGCUGUGUCUGCUGUGGGUGCCUUCAAGGACCGCUUCCUAGUGACCACUCGGCUGGCGCGUGUCGUGCUGAGGGCCGUCAUCUCAGCCAGGAUCUUCGACCAAUAGACAGCUGAGGUAUGUUUGCAUCAACCACGACUGACACGAGCAGAUGAUGCGCACACACACGACGAACAGAACGGUGUCUGUCUUUCCAUGUGUGUGUCAGGCUGGGCGGUGGUGGUGACAGUGGGAGGGACACUCACUCCUGGCCACAUAGAUGGCUUCAAUGGUGCGCGUGGGGUUUUCCGACUGGUCAGUCUCUGUCCAUCUGCCACUCGAUAUGCGUGUGUGCAUUUACCAGUGGCUGGCUGCCAUGGCUGUCUGCCUGUCUGCCUGUCUGCCUGUCUGUCUGUUUUGCCUCUCCCUCUCGCCGUCUGCCCGACUGGGCGAUCGGUGCUUUUGUUGGUGUUUGCUGCACGUGGUGGCUGAUCGCUGACCCCUCUCUCUCUCUCUGUCUCUCUGAAUGUGUACCCCACUC